AUGAAUGAUACAAAAUUGUCACUUAACGCUGUACAAUACUGGUUAAACCCAGCAGAAGUGCGGGAUCGUCAUUCGAUAGUAAUGGAUAGGCUUCGAGUGGUAAUGGGGUAUCUUAAAAAGACUCCUAUAUGCAUUAGUUCACCGACCUUAACUUUAACUGUAUCUCCAGCUAAUUUUAAGUUUCCAUCAACACAAGCCGUUAAGAAUGAAACAACAAAAGAACGAGAAACAUGUGGAAUUCCAGCUUCGAAUGUUCGUGAAGAAUACUUAAAGUCAUUAGAUCUGCCGUACCUCAGUAGGAUAAGCAAGAAAGAAGGGCCUUAUGAUUAUAAAAGAGCUAUGGAAUUCUCAAAGGCCUUGAAGCGGACUAUGGAUAGUAAAAGUGCGGAUCAAACCAUAUUCUCUCUAUGUAGCGAAAGCAUUGCCAAACUGAUAUCGCUUUUGCUCCAAAUAACUCCUGAUAAGCUGGUGGUACCAUCAUCCACGCGGAUCUUUCCUAGAGAACUUUUCACAGAUAUUCCGAAGUUAACAGACGAAAUCACAAGUGAUACGGAUAAAUUCGCAAAUUAUAUUGGGUUGUUAACUCAUACUAAGUUUCAUUAUAAAGGUUCUUCUUCCCAAGGGGGUAUUAUACCAAAGCUACUAAAUAGCUUGUUGCAUCCUUCAAACAGUCAAACUGUAAAAUUAAAAUCAACAUCAGUAUUCAAUGAUGUUAUCUUCUACUACACAACGAAAAAUAACUUUGCAACUUGCAGAGAACUUUUUGCACAAAUGAAAGCGGAAGGUUUCAAUCCUGACACAAUGACCUACAAUCUACUAUUGCGGUCCUUAAGAAAAAAUGAUGCACUAGUAAAACAAAAGCUUCCCUAUGAUGAGGCUGUAUUUUACCUUACAAAAAUGAAAAUAGAAGGAGUUCCUGCUGAUGUGAUUACAUGGAACACAUGUUACCUUCUCUUAAAGGACAAUAUCUCUAGAGCUAUCUUUUUAGAGAAGAUGAUUGAAAAGAAUGUCCCUCUAACACAACAUAUCAUACAUGCAGUUUUGGGUGCCAGCGACGUUCCUUACCAAGCCGUGAUAAAUUUUUUAGUAGAAUACGACUUCCCCAUUGAUACCAAUAUUAUUAAAAUAUGUUUUAGUAAACUUAUUGAGGAAGAAAAUUAUGAAAGGUCAUGGAAACUACUCGAACAUGCCAAAAGAUCGAAGUUUAACGUUAGCGAUCCAUUUUUCUUGGAAACUUACAUCAGAAAAUUUGCGGAUAUGGGCCGUAUGGACCUAUCUUUAAUCACAUUCAACACACUAACUACAAAAUAUAUGGUAACACCUACGCUUCAUUGCUACGACAUGCUUUUCAAGUGUCUUGUUAGGCAAGGGUAUCAUAAGAAUUUUGGUGUUGUUUAUAAGUAUUUAGUCCAAAAGCUUAAACAUCUAACAGGGGGCAAGAUAAUAUCCAACUAUUGGAUCGUUAAAAGCAGGGCUAUUCUAAAAUUCAAUAUUGGGUCGAAAGGUGACAGGGACAUUUCUCAAGCGGUUUCGGACUUAGAUCACUUGAUAAAAAAAUGUGUCUGGAAUGAAGAUAAAGGCUUGAAAAUUGACUGCUGGGACCAGUAUUAUCAAUAUAGAAGGCUUUUCAGAACUGUAGGUGCGGUGCCUCAUCAUACUUCAUCGAAGAAGCUGAAUAAAGAACAAUACCCAGCAGAAGCCUCAAGAAAGAAGAAAAAAUAUAUCAAGCGUAUGAAAGAAACUUCUAUUGCAAAUAAAAAAUUGAAAGACGCACAAUACGAGAAAGAUUAUUAUGGUGCGCUGAAGAAUGAUCUUUUGAACAGAGGAAUAAUGGACAAUUAG